AUGCCCCCAGGCUACCCGCUGCGGUGGGGCCGAGCAGUGGAACGAAGGCAAGAGCAGAGGCAGAGGCACGGCGUGCUGGCGGGCAGGGCAGGAAGCAGGAACAGCGGGUGGACGCGCGGCGGGCUUCUGAUUGGCCGACACGGGGUGGGCGCGCGGGAGACGCGCGCGGCCGUGGAUAUAGCCCCGCCCAUUGGUCCGUCCGCGUUUCCGGAAAGAGCGAGAGAGGAGGACGACCCCCGUCCGUCCACGCUCUUGCCCAUCGCGGUUCUUCCUCCCCUCGUCCUCGACCCCGCCCCACUCGGUCUCGAUCCGCACUCGGUUUCGGUCCAGCCUGCUCUCCUCCGGCCGAACCCUGAUGCUCACGUCGGCCUGAUUCCUCAGCCAUCUCUGCGCCCUCUUCAGGCUUCUCGACUGCCUCUUCGUCGCUCUUUCCCCGACGUGACGAUCCUCGCAGAUGAAACGCCGUCUCGCCGCCGUCUUCGGCUCCCGCCAACGCUCAAGUCAAUCCGACGUCGCCUCCUCCCACCAAAGCAAGCUCCUCUUGCAAGACCAAAGUCUAGCUUCUUUCGCUCGCUCUCCCGCCGCGCGCAGCCGCCCGCUGGUCCAUUGAUUACCGUGGACGGCGAUCACCCCCCGUCGUCCUCGUCUUCCUCCAGCGCGGGCCCCAGCACCCCGGACGACGACGCGCGCAGCUUCGUCAGAGCCAAGACUUGGCUCUACCAGACCGACGUCGCGCCGCCGACGCAGACAGCUGUGCACGUACAGGCAAGUCUCAUUGUCCCACAGGCCGCCGGGUUAGGCAGCGCAGCCCGCCUUGGACUGACACUAGGGCGUCCGAACGCACAGGUCGAGCAUGAUUCAGACGACGAGUCCUCAUCCAGUGAGUUCUCUCGAGGCAGUGCGCAUACACCGACCGUCCUCUCGUCGCGCUCGCGCGUCUCACAGCAAGCCAUGCCGACCCCGACCUCACAUGCAGCGCCCACGAAGCCACUGUCUGCCGUCGAUUACGCCAAGGCACUCGCAAACAAUGGCCUUUCGCACCCCUUCUCGCCCCCGCCCCUCUUGCACAUCCCCAACAGCCCACUCUUCCCACGUUCCUGCAACGCGCACUCCCAGGUCUCGUCAUUAGCGUCUGACUCCCUGCGGACACAACUUCUUCAGAAACGCGUUCUGGCACGGCUCUCACGUCCCAGUCGCGCUGAUGAGCGGGUUCUUCUGCCUUUCGCCGGCAGGCACCAUCCGCAGCCGAAAGGUCCGCAUCUCCUUCUGGACGACAGUGCCGUCAGCGGCCGUGAUCGGCUCGUUGUAUACCGGCCCGUAGAAGAGGGAGAGGGUGUGAAUCGGAUAUGGAAGGCAUCCGAACAUCUCGAGGACUUAGCAGGGCUCUACGACGAUCUCACCGAAGAUACGACAGUCACCGCAGACACGGAAACAGACGCUGCUACCGAGGUCACCUUCACGCUGACUACCAGCCCAACAGUGGAGCCCCCGAAGACGCAGGAUAUUCCUGUGUCCAUCGAGUUUCCCCGAAGGUCGUCACAGGACGUACACGCGGCACCCGCGCUGAACGUGGACGUCGACUUGGGUGGGCUGGGCGACCUGAUCGACUUCGAACCAAAGUUGAGCACGGACAGCUCACCCGCGCAGCUUACACCGCCCCUCUCCCUGACGGCAUCCAGCGCAUCGCCCAGCCCGACGUCGAGUGGGCCACCGACGCCUACUGUGACCGUUUCAACAGGUGCAGUGGCAGGCAAUGCCCCCGAUGUGAAGGAGAGCGUGAAAGGAGACGCGGGUUCAAGAACGCCGUCUUCAUCGCCCCAGCAGCCACCAGGUGAGCCUCGUUUCAGCCGCCUGUUGCUUGACAAUACAAUUUGUACACCCUUGGUUCUUUGUGUGCACCGGUCCUUCAAGCUCUUCCCUAUCUAUCUCUUCCCUUCCCUUGACGGCUGUGCUCACUAUCUCAUCUUCGUAUGCUAG